UAUCAACGAUAGAUAUUAUACAUAUAUACGAGCAUAGUACGACACGUUUCUGAAGUUGAGAUUAGAUUUAGAUUCAAUGAACCUUUCCCUUUAUUAAUUGUUCUCACUGUAUUUCAAACGAUAAAUAAUAUUCUACUAUUAUCUGGACUAUUAUUAAAAAAAAAAAAAUUAUAUCUCGCAUAGGAUUACGUGCAAUUCUUUUCGAAUAUUUCGUUCAGAUUUUGCAUUAAAUUACUCCAAUUUCCUCUUUACAUUAUUUUCCGUUCGUCAGAUGUUCAAAUGAAUUUUUGUUUUCUACCUUUCCGAUCUCCUAGCAGCAUCCGAAAAUCAAAUGUAUUCGUCAGAAAUAUUUUUUCAUCUAAGAUCCCUGUACAACAGAUAACAUGGCGUCCCUUGAAACUAUAUUUAUUCGCAAACUACGAUCAAAAACUCAUUCAAAUCCAUCGAUAGACUUUUUGAAAAAUCAACCAUCGCAUAGCUUUUGAUACCUAAAAAAUGGGAGAAUUUUUGCUGGAUGAAAAGGACAUGAUCCGAGCCGGUGCGACUUAUCCAAAUGCAGUUCCCGGUUCGUGGACUCCCGGGCUGCAGUCCUCGGGAAAUAGAGGUGAAAAAAAUUGUGGAAAAAACGCGCCCGGAAGAGUCCUAUUAACUUCAAACCGAAAUAUUCGGCCUAGGCCAGCUUUUGGUGCCACGAGAGACGAGGGCGCAAUAGGAACCAUCGCAAGUUUAUCUCCUUAUGCCGAAGCCGCCGUUUUUACGCUGCAAGGUAUUCGACGAUCUAUUGAACCGAAAAAGCGCGCUGAGUUUGGGAAUAAAAUUACAUGCCGAUCAAACGAACCCCCGCAAACCGUAGCGAAAGGACCCACGGCAGAAAAUAUUAUUUCGAUGACCGCUGCAGGAAGGAAACCUCCAGUUCCCGAAGAAGAACAAGUUGGGCGUCACAAAAAGUCGCUUUUACAAAUUGCGUCGAAUAUGCAAGCGGCAGUUUCAAAAUUAGAUGAAAAAGAGACGUUGAAAUCCGACGACACCCUCGACGCUCAAAUCGAAAAUGAUGUACUUUUGCAAUCGGAUAGAAUACCCGGAUUUCAACAGACGUGGGGAACCGCUUUUAAAUUUUCGUAGUAUCUUAUAAGAAGAGAAAAUCAUUUUAUAUACUUCCGGUACCAUUCUUUUGGUGAAAUUUAUUGUUUAUUGUACUGUACACCGUACCCUAUGCAUCUAAAAGAUUGCGUGAGAUUCUUCAUUUCGAUUUGCUGAAAGUUUUCUCUCGAUAAUCCGACCAGCUCCACAAACAGGACUAAUUUUAUCGUUCUGCACGCAAAGUAAAAUUAUAUUUGAGCAAUUUCAACGGGAAUACGUAAGCGCAACGUGACCGACAGACGCAAAUCCAAGUUUUAUUUCAGUCCAUGGAGAUAAUCAUAUAAUUAUCCGAGCACGACGACGUAAUUCGUAAGUCACUGCAUUAUUCUAAGAUUUGGAUCGCGACAACCUGCUGUGCAUGAAAUAUACAUAUUCUUCUAGCUAUUGGAAAUCCAAAGAAAUGAAUAAAAUAAUUAUUAUUUAUAUCCCUAGACUUCCUUGUAAUUGCAGGAUUAAUUGAGGUGGAAUUUGACAUCUACGUUACAUCACCCUGGAUUUAUAAUUAUUGGGUGGAAUUUAUAAAAAUUCAACUCGCCGCGUUUUGCGGUAAAAGUAGUUCGCUAAAUAAUCACCAUUCGAGGGGGCACUAUCUCCUAGCGGUAAUUGACCGGGAGCCGGUCGCUUAGGGGUUCCUUGGUAGGUAACAUAUUGUCAAAACUUACAGAGGACGCUGGUAACUAGAAACCUAAAAAUUUUAAUGCCAAGGAGAACGCUUAAAGCACAAUUCGACAACGUUUGAACGGCGUGUUCCAGUCCUCAGUGAAGCGAUUUUUAUUAAUUUAUCGCCGAGAGGUUGUUAUCGAUCGUUACCUUCUUUUGCUCAUUCCACAAUUACUGAUUCAUUCUGAUAAUGGUGA